CGUGACUGGUGUCACAUGUCAAUCUGUCAGCUGUUUGUCUAAUUGACUGUCACUUCGAAAAUAACCUUUUAUCUUGGUGUCUUCGUCUUAUCUUUCCACAAAAAUAUUAUAAAAUUUAGCUCAAAUCUUACUUUUAUUUGUAUGGUGGACACGUCCAGGCUGACUUAAUAUAUCCAGAGACUGUUGUACAAUAAGUUUAUAAUGGAACUGAGCUUACGUACCGUCAGGACUUUUAACCGGCUUUUACGAAAACCUUUAGGAAUUUUAGCUCAUAGAAGUGUUACGGGCACAGCAGUAAAGGAAGAAAUUAAUACAGAGUUACUGAAUGUAUUUAACCGGGACAUUAAGAACGGUGGUGUAGUGCCAGUGUUUCGUAGAGCAUUAUUGUUCCCGACUCGAGUAGCCUUACAAGAUGACCUUGGCAUAUACACGUACGCCGGCCUCUAUCAAGCAGCCUCCGUGCUGUCACAGGAGAUCGCUGCACAGUUGGUUGGCGAAUCUGAGAGGACGAUCGCGUACAUGUGCAACAAUGAUGCGUCACACAUCAUUGCGCAGUGGGCCAUUUGGAUGACUGGCAACAUUGCGGUUCCCUUAACGCCCCUGCAUCCGCCAGAAAUGUUAAAAUACUACUUAAACGACAGUUUUUCAAGUCUAGUUCUGUGUACGCAAGAAUUCGAGAAAGUUCUACGGCCAAUCACGCUCGAGAUGAACAAACCUCUAUUGGUUACGGGACGGGAUAAUGUCCUAACUGCACAACUGUACCAGCCGAAUACGUCAUUCUUAAAGCCGAAAGCCGAGAGCAAUUUGGCUGAUAUAGGAAGGAGCAACGAGUGGUAUGGAAAAAACGAGGCUCUUAUUAUUUAUACAAGCGGUACUACGAGCAAGCCGAAAGGAGUAGUAUGGACCCACAAUAUGCUUCAGACACAAAUAUCUGCGCUGCACUCCGCGUGGCAGUACUCUGCUAACGACGUGGUAUUGCAUACAUUACCAUUGCACCAUAUACAUGGACAGCUCAACUCUAUGCUAGCGUCCCUAGCCGCUGGAGCUAGACUCCGAAUGCUUCCGUCUUUCGUGUCUCACAACGUUUGGUCUCGUCUACUUGGGAUGGGGGAGCGGGAUGAGACCAAAGUAACGGUCUUUCACGGCGUCCCUGCUAUGUAUGCGAGAUUGGUAGCCGACUACGAUAGAAUGUUCUCUGACCCGAAGACUGCGGAGUACGUGCGAACUACUUUAGGAAGUAGAAUGAGACUGAUGUGUGCCGGGUCUGCUCCGUUACCGGCUCAGCUGUUCUUGAAAUGGGAGGAGAUAUCUGGCAUGCGCCUUCUAGAAAGAUUUGGAAUGUCUGAAGUGGGCAUGGCGCUAAGUAACCCCUACCGGCCGGUGGAGGCGCGCAGCGUGGGGUGCGUAGGGCUCCCCCUACCGGGAGUCUCAGCAAGGAUAGUCUCACAACGAGAGGAUACCGGUGAACUAGAGCCUUUGGUAACUGUUGAGACUCCAGUGCCAGAGACACAGAUAUGUCUGGAACGUCUCGGUUUGUCGUCGAAGGAUUUGUUCGUGGACUCCGAUCGUUACGAGUGGAAGGCCCCAACGAUCACGAAGCACAAAGAACAUAGUGAUGAUGUGUACCAUGGAGAACUGUUGAUCAAGGGACCCGCUGUAUUCUCUAGAUACUGGAAUCGGGCCCCGACACUAAACUCGUCAGAUUUUACCGAAGACGGCUGGUUCCGUACCGGUGACACGGCUUCCUUCGAAGACGGUAAGUUCAGGAUAUUGGGACGCACUUCAGUGGAUAUCAUCAAAACUGGAGGCUACAAAGUAAGUGCCUUACAAGUGGAGAGCGCGAUUCUAGAUCACCCUAGCAUAGCUGACGCUGCUGUCCUUGGAAUUGAAGAUGACAACUACGGAGAAAUAGUGUCAGCUGUUGUAGUACUAAAGGAAAAUGCUAAACUUACCCUUCAAGAGCUUAAGGAAGCUGCAGGAAAGAAACUUGCACCCUACCAGCUACCUAAAACUCUGCUCAUUACGGAGGAAAUGCCCAGAAACGCGAUGGGCAAAUUGGACAAGAAAGUUAUCAGGAAAACCUUUGGCAAACAAUUAGUAUUGCCUAAGAAGUAAGCGUAACAUAUAGCGUCCCAUGAACAUGUCUUUUAUUGAACCUUAGAGUGUGGAUCGCUAAUUGAGUGAAUAGAAAUGUAUGAGAUUUAGUUAUAGUACACACAAGCCACAAAUAAUAUAUUUCAUUUUUUAUGAAAAUAAUGUCGAAUAUGGACAUGUAAAUUAAUUGU